AUGACGCUGGUCCCCUCGGCCUUUACGACUUGCUUGGUUUCAAGAUCAACUCGAUCUUGUCCUAAUCCUUGCUCAUUGCCUCGGGCACGACCAUUGACUUCGUCCUUCACUUCCUCGAUGCGGCUGCAGCCUGCACACGGGCCAAUUGUCGCAAUGAAGAGUGCGGGUGUUGGCAUCUUUGCUUCUUACGUUACCACAUUAGUGGGCAUCACGCCCAUGGCCUUCGCAAAGCUGAGUUCCAUCCACGCGCUCUUCAUGUCUUAUGACAUCAGCCUGAACGUCGGAGUCUUCUUUGGCCUAGUGUUCAUCCCUCUGGUCUCUGUGUCUGCGGCGUUGACUGUGGGCCACUGCCGAGAAAGCUCAUAA